AUGUUUAAUCAAUUCUUACUAUUCUUAAUCCUAUUUACGGCCGGAAUAGUACUAAAUAAGACUAAUUUUGUGCGAACAGAGCUGACCGAUACAAACACAACAGUAUUACCACCGGUGGCCACAAAUGUAACACUUUUUCCGCCGCGACGUUCAACCGAUCUGAUACUAUCGGACGUAAACGAUGUGCAUAUAUUACUAUUGAUGUCACAACAGGCCGAACUUCCCGUGUUUUUCGAAGUGGUCAAACCGGCGCUACAGUUGGCCAUCGAUCGGGUGAAAGUAAUGUACCAAAAUCUACGAUUCAAACUGAUUGCCCGCAAAGAUGACAGACCGUGUCAUAGCAAUGUUGCCGGCGCUGUGGCCGCCGAGGAAUUCUAUCUGAGACGUGUAGACGUUAUCAUAGGCCCGGCCUGUAGUAUGGCAUUAGAUCCGGUCGCUCGGAUGGCUUCCUAUUGGAAUAUUCCUAUUUAUACGGCCGGAGGUAUUGGUAUAGAGUUCUCCCGGAAGAACACCUAUACAUCGCUUACAAGAAUGGCCUUUUCGUUAGACCGUGUGUCGCACUUUUUGGUUAAAAUCAUCCGCGAGUACGACUGGCAUCACGUGUCGCUCAUUGUGGACGAGACAGAGAUGACCAACACUUUAAUCAAAGCAUCCCUUCAAUCGGUCUUCAAAGAGAUAGAGUUUGGACACGAAAUCAAUUUGGAUAUACAAACGUUUACCAGAAGAGACAAUACAACUGUUAAUUAUAAUAAAAUGUUGAAACAAUCGGCUCGUGCGGCCAGAGUGUUUAUCAUACUAACGUUGGGUCAUUUUGUACGGGAGAUACUAUUGGAGGCACACAGCUUAGGUAUGGGCAAUGGCGAGUACUCAUUUUUCAGUAUAGAACUGGUCAAAAGUGCCGGAACUAAUGGUGACUUUUCAUGGUAUCAACCGGGAGACAAACGUAAUAAAAAUGCGCGCGAAAUGUUUGAGGCACUUAUGAUGGUUGCUGUCCGGGUGCCUACCAGUGCUGAAUACGCCACUUUCACACAUAAAGUAACCCAAAAAUCGCUGGAAGAGUUCGGCGGCAAAACGGUCAUCGAACAGGUCUAA